AUGUGCAGAUGGACCGACGGAGAGGCGCGUGUCAAGCUCAACUCCAUCAGAACCAUAAUCUUACGGGAGACCCACGCGCUGCCAGUGAACCGGACCACAAGCCCCGUGACCGGCGCAGACUUUGCAAAGCUCUACCAGUGCAUCAGUGACCUGGAGUGUCAUGAGGGCAGCUACUGCCACGCGCCAUCAAAGCGGUUCUUCUACUCCCGCUGCAAGGCCUGCCGCCAGAGGAAGAGACGUUGCCAAAGGGACGGAAUGUGUUGUCCCGGCCAUCGCUGUAGCAACAACAUGUGUGUUCUGGAUAGCUCCCUGGCCCAGAGCAUCCAAGAUGAGGAGCUGAUUCCAGAGAAGAGACCAUGGAAGACGAGAGGAGCUGUCUCCAAGCUUCCCUCUGUCCGAGGCCAGGUAGGAGACAUGUGCCUGCGCUCCACGGACUGCUCCCUUGGCCUGUGCUGCGCCCGACACUUCUGGAACCGCAUGUGUAAGCCCGUGCUGCAGGAGGGCCAGGUGUGCACGCGGCAGCGCCGGAAGGUUCAGCACCUGGAGAUCUUCCAGCGCUGCCAGUGCGGGGCGGAGCUGAGCUGCAGGACCGUGCGGCAGGAAUCCCCCCCGGCCACUUCCUCUUCCUCGUCGUCAUCGUCCUCUUCAUCCGCAUCCGCUUCGUCAUUAUUAUCAGCGUCAUCUUCCUCUUCCUCUUCCUCCCAUGCCCGCCACGCCUCCCCCCACACAUCUCUCCUGUCCAGCUCUUCAUCGUCCUCACCGUCAUCAGCAUCAUCCUCGGCUGUGAAGACCAGACUUCACAUAUGUCAGAGAAACUGA